AUGCCGUGGAUCCAGCGGACAGGCGGCGCGUCAGCGAGCCGAAGAGCCGAUUACACAUACCCGCCGGGCGCUUCUUCUGGGUACAAGGUUCACACUAAAGCAGUUCUUUGGCCGAAGGCUCGAGGGAUUUGCGUCGAAGAGGGCGGUCAUUUGGCCGUUUUAAACUCCGUGGCCGAGGCGAACUUGGUGACGGAGAUCUUCCGGAAUUCGGAACGAAUUACCGGGUCACAAUAUCCCGAUUUUGCCAGCAUUGGUUUUCACUCUCUCUUCGAACCAGAGGUGGAGUUCGUCACCAUCUAUGACGAGACUUUGCAAAAGGCUGGAUAUAAUCAGUGGAUGAAAUACAGGCCUGGUCUUAACGGGAAACGACUCUACGAAUCUCUCCACAUCACAGGCGGUCUGAACAAUCAUAGUACAGACACUCUGUUAGGCUUUAUAUGCGAGCUUCCGAUCUCGCAGCAUUAG